AUGGGCGAGCAAUGUCCCUUCAGUCAUGAGAUUCGAGAGAAUCUAGGCAUGCCGAAGACGCUGUCGGAUCACACGCCCAUCAAAGACGUCGGCCUCACUGCACCCAGUUCGGCGCGCGCCGAUCCUUCCUCCAAGGAGCAUGAUGAGACCGAAAUACCAAGGACGAUCGGAGGGGCUACCGUGGAGUUCGCCAACGGUGCAUCUGUUUCUAAGAUCUCUUUGAUAUCGGACUUCUCCGCCGUGUUCACAUCCGACCUAUCGCCACAUACAUCUGUACAGGAUCUAGUCGACUUCUUGAUCAACAGGGGCUUUCCCCAGGUGACUCACGAUUGUGUUCCCUUCAGACACAUCCCUGAGAAGCUCCAUAAGACAGCUGUGAUCAAAGUCCGUGAUCCAGGCUUCGCCAACAAGCUUCUCCAGUGUCUUCAGAACACUCCGGUUCGUCUUGGGGAUUUCGAAUUUCGCGCAUCGAAAAUGCAAGUUGCAGGAGAGACAGCAUCCGGAAUGAAUCGGCUUCAGCUCACCAGCGUAACAUGUUCAUGGUUCAAUCCUUCUAAGGUGGCUUAUCUCGAAUAUGACGCAGACUGGAAAGCGAAGCGGGCGCUCGAGCGCAUGGAGCGCCCGAAUUCAAAUGAAUUCCAGGGCCGGAAGCUCGAUGUCACCUAUCAACCACUCGAACAAAAGAUGCAGGUCACUCCUCUGGUUUCCAUCAAACUGUCGGUCUCCUCUCGAAUCCUAGCAGCCAUUGGACCACAGCUUGACCCUCUAGUCGACCAAAUAUGGCGAACGGAUUACGUUCAAAUCAAGAGCUACAAGACUCUGGGCAAACAAUACACCCAAGUCCGCAUCUUCGGCCAGUCCAGAGAACCAGUUGCCAAAGCCAAGUCGGCCGUGGAGAAGCUCCUUGCUGGUCAGAUCGCCACCGACGGACAUGGCCCGAUCACAGAUCCAUUCUACUUCAGGCCUUCGUCAAAGAACUUUCUGAACGAUCUGGGAGCCUCACAUGGGGUCUUCAUCCACCAAGAUUCACGUCGAUCAGUCCUUCGACUAUACGGAGAUCACAUGGGUAUCGAACGAGUCGAAAGUGCUCUGGUGGCUAAGUGUGCAGAAUUGAGGGAGCAGUCUCACACCGUCAUUCUUCAUCCCGAGGCUUUGGCAUUUGCCCUCAAAGGUGGAUUUCGAAAUGUUGUCGCCGCUUUAGGGAAGGACAAAGUGAAGCUAGACAUCAUCAACACCCCAAAGCGAAUUAUCGUCGAAGGCUCCGCGGAAGAUGCGGUCCAGGUACAGAAGAUUCUCGCAUCGUGUACAUCGUCUUCAUUGGAAACGCAAACCGCCGGGCUAUCCAACAGCGAGGACGACGGCGAGCUACUCUGCCCGGUCUGCUUCACCCCACCGGAAGACCCUAUCAAGACGUUUUGCAGCCACGCGUAUUGCAACUCCUGCUUGGUUUCGCAAUGCACGUUUGCCGACUCUUUCCCGGUCAAAUGUCUCGGUGAGGACGCUGUUUGUGACGCUCCAUUGUAUCUCUCCGACGUCAAGAAGGUUCUUUCUGGAACGGAAUACGAUGAUCUUCUCCAGACAUCCCUGACGUCAUACCUUCGUAGCCGACCCACGGAAUUUCACUACUGCUCUACACCCGACUGCGAUCGUUUCUACAGGAUCUCAAGCGCUGAGAACCCUCGAAUCUUUGAUUGCGACGGCUGCCUCACUUCCAUCUGCACUAGCUGCCACCAAGGACCCCAUGACGGGCACACUUGUGAGACCAACAAAGCUCUGAUGAGAGCUGCCAUGGAGGAAGACGAGAAGCUCACGAAAUGGAAGAAAGACCAUGAUGUACGAGACUGCCCAAAGUGCGGGGUGCCGAUCGAGAAAGCGGAUGGUUGCAAUCACAUGACAUGCACCUCGUGCCAGGCACACAUCUGCUGGUUCUGCAUGAAGACGCUUAGCAGCGGAGGCGAGACGUACAACCACAUGCAGAGCGUACAUAGCGGUGUUUAG